AUCAUCAUCGCCCUCAGCAACAGCAGUUUCAAGCAGCAGCAGCAGCAGCAGCGUCGAGAACAAAUAAGCAUCUCCAGGAGGGAAGAUGGGGAAAUGGCACUUGAGCAAAUGUAAGGAUCAAGAACGAGGUGUUCAUAUAUGAGACAAACCCGGGUUCAUGCUUCAUUAGGAACUAUUCAGAUAUCAAAAAGGUUACCCGCUCUGACGCGUAAGGAAACAUGGAUGGAUCUUCAUCCUCGCUGCAGUAUGGAUCCAAAAAGCGUGUUAAGAUCCACCCCAACACGGUGACGGUCAAAUACGCCACACACUUCCCCCAGCCCGGCGACGAGGGCUACGAUGACGCGCCGUCUUUUGAGGAGUUUGGCGCCUUCGCGGAGGCUAACACGGGAAAGAAACUGGUGUCGGAGAGCAAAGGUAGCAGGACUUUGUUUGGCACCAUGGAGACCCAGCCCAAGCAGCCAAGUGUGCAAAGAGACAAGGGGGUCGGGGGCCAGCUGGCGAGCUUCGGGGAGGCGAAUGUGUUGGCCUCCAGAGUGACCUGGAUGGCUCUGUUCGGGGCAGCGGUGGCUCACGGCUGCGUGGCUCUGAUCACUCGUCUAGCAGCCGACCGCUCCAAAGUGCCCUCCCUGGAGCUGCUCUUCAUCCGCUCCGUGAUCCAGUUGCUCUCCAUCCUGGUGGUCUUCUACUACCACGAGGCGCCCUUUGGCCCUAAGGGCUACCGGUUGCGACUCUUCUUCUACGGUGUGUGCAAUGUAAUCUCAAUCACCUGCGCCUACACCUCCUUCGCGAUAGUACCGCCCAGUAACGGCACCAUCAUGUGGCGGGCCUCCACCACGGUGUUCAGCGCCAUCCUGGCCUUCCUGCUGCUGGACGAGAGGCUGGGCUACACCGAUGUGGUCACGGUGGUGGGCAGCGUGUUCGGCCUGUGCCUGGUCAUGGUGCCCAACGUGGCGGGCGAGGAGAAGUCCAGGCUGAGCUUCUGGAAGGAGGCAUUUGGCUACACAAUGACAGUGGUGGCCGGCCUGACCGCUGCCCUCUCCAUGAUCGUCUACAGAUCCAUCAAGGAGCGCGUGAGCAUGUGGACGGCGCUCUUUACCUUCGGCUGGACGGGCACGGUGUGGGGAGCCUCCACUAUGUUCGUCAUGCAGGAGCCAAUCAUUCCUCUGGACGGGGAGACCUGGGGCUACUUAAUUGGGAUCUGUAUCUGCUCCACCGUGGCGUUCCUCGGAGUCUACUAUGCUCUAAACAAGUUUCAUCCAGCCUUAGUGAGCACGGUGCAGCACCUGGAGUUCGUGGUGGCCAUGUUCCUCCAGCUCAUCGUCCUGAGGAUGGUGCCGACCGUCUAUGACGUGAUGGGAGCGCUGGUGGUCAUGGUCAGUGUGUUCACCCUCACGGGGCUCAAGCUGUACCGCGUGAGCCGGGCCGUGCGGCAGGAUUACCAAGAGAUCCUGGACUCGCCCAUCAAAUGAGAUGUCAGUCUGUUUGUUUACAAUGUUGCUUGGUUGUGCAAUUUAAAGAAUGUCUGGAUCUUCAUCUGAUGAUUUUUGUAUUGUUGUGUUGUCGGAAGGGUGCCAGUUUGUGUGUAAUGUCUUAAUAUUUGUGUGUGAAAUAAAAGACAAAUGUGAUAUGGUGACUAUGUCCCCCUGAUAGUACUGCUUUAAUGUCAAAGUGUCCAAAAUGUGAGCAAAAACUAAUUAAUUUUUGUGAUUUAUUUUUGCUCUGACAUUUAAAAACACAUUAAAUCUGGUCUUGUGAGUGGCAGUAUAAGAUGAACAUUGUAAUGGUAUGCACCUUCUUUAAAAAAACAUCACCAAGGUGCCGUGUAUCCCUCUGUUGUCAACUUGUCACACUGCCACGGUUGUCACGUUGUAUAAAUGUCAGCCCAGAAAUGAUUCAUACUACAUACAAAGAAUGAAAGAAUAAAAAUAAAUACCACCCACGUUUCAUAAAA